AUGAUUCUCGAGGAUCUAGGUAUCCCAUACCGCAUCCUUGAGGCCAGACGCCGAGUUGGAGGCCGCCUCUAUACCUAUCAUUUUCCCAAUGACUUCGGUGCCCCUUACAACUACUUUGAUGUUGGCGCCAUGCGUUUCCCAAAAAUUCCUGCUAUGAAUCGCGUUUUCAAUCUGUUCGAAAACGACAACCUCAACACGCCCGACAUCGCUUUAAACAGCCGUCUCACUCCCUUUUACUUCACCGGUGCAGGGAAUUACCCCCCUUUCUUAUCAUACAACGGUGUCACGGUUCGGCAGAAUGCUGUACCUUCUGCCAUUACAGACGAUGUCAUCGCGCCAUACGCGACAGCAUUGCUUGAUGACCUGAAGAACAACACUAAAACUGGCUGGGAGAAAAUGCAAUCUGUCGACGAUCAUUCAACCAGGUCGUACAUGACUUUCAAGUACGAACCAAGCGCGGAUCUCGGUAUCAAGAAAGCGCCACUUCCAACCGACGUUGUGAACUGGUGCGAGACUUUCGAUAAAUCCACUGGGUGGUAUGAUCGUGCGUUUACGGAGACAGUUUUGGAAGCCAUUGCGUUUGGUUGGCAACCUGGCCCUAACCCGCCAGCCACGCAGUGGUUCUGCAUCGAUGGAGGGUCUCAGAAGAUAGCAGACGCCAUGGCGACUUAUAUCACCAAGCAGAAACCGAAUGCUAUCACUUUCGACGCUAGGGUGACCGCCAUUGAACUCACCGAUGAUGAGACGAUUACGGUCACUUCCCACGGCCAAGACCGCCAUGAGUUCUCUCAUGUUAUUUCGACCAUCCCCCUUCCCGUGAUGCGCACUGUCGAUCUCAGCAAGGCGAAGCUCUCCCCCAUGCAGGCCAAUGCACUCCGACAGCUAAACUACGGUCCAUCCGUUAAAAUCGGUAUGCAAUUCAGGACGGCCUGGUGGACGAAUGGAAAAGAUCUAGAUGGCAACAUCCUCAAUAUCGUUGGGGGUCAGACGUACACCGACAGACCCCUUCGCACAGUCGUCUACCCUUCAUUCGGACAGGUUCGUGCUGGAGGGACCACCACUCUCAUUGCAAGUUACUGCUGGACUGAGGAUGCGAGCCGACUCGGAGCCUUGAUCGACCAUGACGACAGGCUUCUCGCUAAACUCGUCUUGAAAGAGCUUGCAGAAAUCCACAACAUCGAUUUGCAAGUACUGUCUAAUGACCUGAUGGACAUUAAAGGAUGGAGCUGGUCGCAUGAUCCAUAUACCAUGGGUGCCUUCGCCUUUUUCGGGCCCGGAAAGUUCAAGGACGUCUACGCGAGCCUCAACGCACCAGCUUCAGACGGUCGUCUCCACUUCGCCGGUGAAGCGCUGAGCGUCCGACAUGCUUGGGUUGAGGGAGCAUUGGACAGCGCUUGGAGGGCCGUCGCUGAGAUGCUCUUCAAGGAUACCGAGUUCACCGACGAUCAACGCCAGGCAUUCACUGACCACUGGGGUGAAAAUCCAGAGUGGGUUAUUGAGUCAGAGACACUUGUGGAUGAUGAGCCAAAGCGUCGCGGCCCGGCCCGGAGCCCACCAGAAGUUGGCAGUCAUAUUUUCAAGAAGAAGCAGAGUCAUUUGUUCACGCAUAUGGCUCUUGUAGCUGCUUAUCACGAUAAAGUAGGAAGCCAUUAG